GGUUAUGAUGGGGAAAGGCGAGCUAAAGAGCCGCGUUUGGAACCGCGGGAAACGGGCUUGGUAAACAAUAGAGCUCGCGGCUAGCUAAUGGCGGUUUCCCACUGCGUGGUAUCUACUCUACUCGCCUUUUUUGGUUUUUCAUUAAGAGAAGAAGUCCCCGGGACCUGCUACCAGGUACUUUAUGUAGUACUAGAUAAAGGACCUGCUACCAGGUACUUUAUGUAGUACUACCUCAGUCGAGGUUCCCAGCGAGCUGAGGCGACACCAGAAGGUGACGUAGGAACCUGCAGACCGCUGAUUGGUCGGAUCACCGCGUUGUUAGCAACAAGAACCUUUAAAAAAAAAAAAAAAAUCUAGCCAGACACCGAGAGAUUAUCUCCUCUCUGCACUAUUCUCACUGUUCAACUGUUCAGUAUAGGCUCUAUGCACAAUCGCUUCCGGGUUUGUCUCAGCCCGCUCAUUCACUUCCGGUGCUGCGCUGAAAGCCGUGUUUACAGCCGUGUUUCUGUGGAGAUAAUGGCGAACUACACCCGCUGUUUACAAGAACUGCCUAAGGUUAACGUGAAUGAUGUUAACACCAUUGUGACGCAGUUUGCUGUUACACCUAAGAGCAAGAAAGAGAAGGGAUUUAAAUUAUAUAUUUCAAGCUACAUUGACAACGUUGAGGAUUGUAUUAAAAGACUCUCGUCCUGUAACACUGUCACAGAGUAGUUGUUCUUGUGUUGCUGGGACAGCAAUGUGCAACCACAUUGUUGCACUACUCUACCAAACAGCCCACUACUCACAGCUUGGCAUCAGUGCAGUUCCUCCAGUUCACAGCUGUACUGAAACGGAGCAGAGCUGGCAUAAACCUAGAACAAUGGGAGUCAAGCCAGGUCCUGUCAAUAAAAUGGUGGUUUUGUCUGCAAGACCCAAAGAGAGGAAGCUUGCUGAGGGUUUAAGGAGUACCCUUUACAAGGGUGUCACCAGUGAGCUGCCUGACCUCUCAGUCCUCCAAGUAGCAGAGGCAUAUAAGGACUACGCCAGUACUGUAGCUCCUCCAGUCACCACUAUCAGGAUGUCACAUGAGGAUUCUUUGGUGGAUUCUGCCUUUGGUAAAGUUCAGUAUGGAAGUGUGCUGUCAUACCAGCAGCCAGCUGCAACAACAUGCAACAUUACUCACCAUCAAGAUGCCCCACCACCGCCACCUCUGCCACUAGUUGGUUACAGCCUUGACACAUCUGUUUGCUUGUUUGUCCAUAGCAAACAUGGACAACCACACAUGACGUCACUGGCAGUAACCUUAGAUAUGGCUCACAAAAUAGAGCAUGCCACCAAAGAACAGAGUGCAUCACAUGCUUGGCACUCGGUCCGAAAACCCCGGGUAACAGCGUCACGUUUUAGGGAGGUUUGUCAUGUGCGUGGACAGAGCUCGGCUGAACAUCUGGCUGAAAGAAUCUACAAAGGAACUCGCCAGACAGCAGAUAUGAAGAGAGGGCUUGAAAUGGAAUCUGCUGCAAUUGAGGAAUACUGCCUGCUGCGAGAGGUGAACUACCACACUUGUGGGUUCUUAAUUCACCCCGAUGCACCUUGGCUGGGGGCCUCUCCUGAUGGGAUUAUUUUUGACCCUAAAGAGCACCAUGUUUUUGGACUUUUGGAGAUAAAAUGUCCCAAUGUCAAAAGUUACGUGGACUGUCCUUACCUUAAAUUUCACAAUGGCACACCAGAACUGAAACAACAGCAUGCAUACUUUUGGCAAGUUCAAGGACAAAUGCUGAUCUCAGGAUUGGACUGGUGUGAUUUUGUUGUUUAUGCACAGGAUGACAUGAUGAUCCAGCGCAUAUACAAAGACACCAGAAUGUUUCAGAUCAUUCGAGAGAAAGCUGACCAUUUCUUUCUUUACUUUUACCUGCCAAGAUACCUACAGAUGUAUAAAAGACAAAUAAUCAUUUAACAUUGUAUCAAAGUUUUUUUUAUUUACUCAACAUCACUGUACAUAAUG